CUUGGCUUUUGCUGACACCAGCUUGUCUUCUUAAUUCCGUGCUAUAAAUGUGAGCUGAUGUUUUAUGCAUUUAACAAACAAGAACAUGGGCUGUGGGGGAGGAGCGGUUAUUAUGCCAUGUAAGUGCUGAUGAUGUGCUUGGGUGGGAGGUGGAUGUAAAAACAUCCCGGUCUGGAUUCACAUAGUAAUUCUUCUAUCCCCAAGACAGUAUUGACCACUGCAGCAGAUUUUUCUUCUUGUUUAGGAACAGCUGAGGCUUCUGUAUUGUUCCAGAGGAAUAGUAAGAGAAUCUGAUUGUGAAGGCUUGCAUGUUAUGACGACCCCCAACAAAGGAAACAAAGCCUUGAAGGUGAAGCGGGAGCCAGGUGAGAAUGGGACCAGCUUGACAGAUGAAGAGCUGGUGACCAUGUCUGUGCGGGAGCUGAACCAGCAUUUGCGGGGCUUGUCUAAGGAGGAGAUCAUCCAGCUCAAGCAACGCCGGCGGACCCUGAAGAAUCGGGGCUACGCUGCCAGCUGCCGUGUCAAGAGAGUGACACAGAAGGAGGAGCUGGAGAAGCAGAAGGCAGAACUUCAGCAGGAGGUGGAGAAGCUGGCUUCAGAGAACGCCAGCAUGAAAAUGGAACUUGAUGCCCUGCGCUCCAAGUACGAGGCACUGCAGAACUUCGCCCGGACCGUGGCCCGGAGCCCCGUCACCCCGGCUCGGGGCCCGCUUGCUUCCAGCAUGGGGCCCCUCAUGCCUGGCAAGGUUGCCACCACCAGCGUCAUCACGAUAGUGAAGUCUAAAACGGACGCCCGGUCUUAGUAAAACGAGCACUGCUUGGGCUUGUGUGUGCAGGGCAGUUAGGCACAAAGCUCGUCCAGAGUCCCCAAAGCACAACCCUCUCCCAGAUGGCCUAGCCCACACAGGCACAUGCUGGCCUGCUUGUCACUGCGGUCCCUUUGUUUUUAGCUUUGUUCUGAUUGGUGUGACUGAUGGUAAUGCAGCCCUUCUGUUUGAGCAGAACCUCCCGCCCAAGGGAUUCUGGGAAGAGACUGAAGGACCUCAGUACUCUAGCCAAAGAAAUUCUCAGCAGCUUGGGAUAAAUUCUUGGGGAGGAAUAACCCAAAGUGGGGAGGGUAGAGGUCAUAGGAAGCUGGAAGACCUGCCAUCAGUGUUUACUCGAUACCAUUCUUCCAGGGUUGUGUGUCAGCUGUCCAGUCUGCUGCUUGUAAAUUGCUUGGUAUCAGUGACUAUAAUGGGAGUAGUUUGUGUAACCAUUUUUAUAUUAACAUCUAGUUGCGCCUUUUAUGUUGAAAGGUGGGAUUCCUCAGGACUUUUCCUGAAGGGUGAGGGAAGGGGCGCAAAUUGCAGUUCCUGGUGUCUGUCCUGCAGAGAAGUGAAAGGAGCCAGGGAUGGGCACCGCUGGGACCUCCUGUCUGGAGGAAGGCAAGCUGUACCACGGUGACUGCAGGCCGGUUUUGUGCCUAAUUGUUGCACUGAACAAGACCAAAAUCACUAGUUGUUUCCUGUGUUUGGAGAGUAUCAAGUGUCUCUAGUGUGAUGGUUUACACAACCAGUUUAUGUGGUUUAAAUAGCCCUUUAUUUAUGAGAGAAACGUUAUUAAAUGAUCUAAGUUUUAAAACGCAAACUGGAUGAAGAACUUGUGUUAGUCUCCUUUUUAACCCGAGAGGGUGAGGAUACAUAGUUGUCAUAUUCUUGGAGACUUUGCUAGCUCAGAAAAAAGCAAAUUUUAAAAGUUUCUCGCUACGUCUUUGUGGCUCUGAGGUUGGUUUUUAUAAAGAGUUAUCAGACUUUUAUUUAUAAAUAAUGUCAAGAAAAAAAAAAAGGCUAGUCCUGUUUGAUAUCUUUUUGCAAUUGUACCAAAAGUGACUUAUUCUUGAACUCCUCACACGCUUCUUUUGUGCUCCUGUUGUGUUUAGUUGUCUGUGCUCUGAGGUCUUGUGUGACGCUGUGAUGUGAUGGUGCCAAUGGCCAUCUUUGCUGUGUGAGUGUCCUGUGAGCAUUCUUCUUUGCUUUCUCUGGGCUGAGUGCAGGGCUUCCUGGGGCAUUUCACAGUACAUCUUCCGAAGCCUCCUGUCUUGUUAGAAGAUUACUCAUGUCUAAAGGCAUUGCUAUUUAUCUCCUGAAAUGUGAGGGGAGAGGGGUUAUCUAUUCCUUAGCAUAUUACUAAAACUUGCUUAUGAUAGCUGGUGGACAGUGUUCCAUUUUUCUGUGUCACAUGUGUGCCAGUCCCCAAAGUUUAAUUUCCUGCUGGUCCUGGGUGUCUCAAAAGAUCAGCAAUGUUGUAACAAAAGAGCCAAGAGACAACUGCUAAUUACACAGGAAUUUGAAGGAAUUAGUGAAACUGACAGAGUGUCUUAGAAUAGGUAAACAGAGUCAGCAUUUCCCAGGUUUGGACUAUAAUAGAAUCAGUGAAGCUUCACUUUUCGGGUAAGAUGCUUUUGCUGUUGAUGGUGCAAACAUUUUCUCAUCCCUUCAUUGUUAUUUGCUAUUGCUGAGCUUGCUGGGAAUCACUUGGAGAACUGAGCCGGAAAUAUUUUAAGGGCCACCAAGUAUGUGGUGGCCAACGUGGCCCAGGAAAGUCCAGCUGUCCUGUAUAUGUUAUAGAGAGGCUUAGAGACUCAUAUUGCAAAACUGUUUUCAAUAACAGCCCUGAUAGCCUCUAGGAGCCAGUCAGCAAGUCAUUUCUUUCAACACAGAAGGAAGAUAAUUGCCCUGCCUUCUGUAUUGCUGCCCAAAAGUGGCUGGUCCAUGGGGAUGAGGUGGCAGCCUUGCAGUGAAGAAGCAUCCCUUGUAAACCUGGCAAGACAUACAUUUUAGAAAGUCACCCAAAGUAUUCAUUUAAUUCCUGAUACUUUGCUUAGAAAAAUCUGCUUUUCAGAGUGUGCAUAGUUACUGGCGGCUGGGGAAUUUACAGAAAACAGAUUUAGAACCCUUGACAUAGCUUGUAUAAGAAAUGUGUAUAUAUAUUUAAUAGCAGGCAGCGGUGCCUCAUCUGUGAUGACUUGCCAAGAGAAUCUAGAUGCUUGCACCACUGGGGAGUAUAUCAACUGGUAUCUUUUCCAGAUUCUGAAAGGCCUCAGUUUAUAUUGCAAUAGCAUCUAGGUCUCAUGGUGAGUAGGGUUGUCAGGUUCAGACAAUCUGGAAGUCUGAAUUCCUACACUGCAGCAGAUUUUUCUCAAAAAAGGCACCUUCAUUCUCAGCUUCUCUUAAGUUAUUUUCCUGACAUUCACUUGCUGCAAGUUUUUCAACGUAUGAGGUAAACUACAGGCAAGGAAGAAGGAAAGCUUUAAAUAAGGGUCUGCUAUCAAUUCCUCUUCCUGAUGUCUGUCAGAGCUUCCUCACCUCUGUGACCUCAUUGCAAGGAACUCAGUGCUGCUGCAAACUUACCACUUGAAAGGGACCGACUGAUCCCUGCUAAACUCAUACUGGUUCUUUUAACAAUCCUUUAUCUCAUAGCACAUUGGGAUAUUUUUCUAUUACUCUUUGAUCAUAAGGAUGGCUAAUAUGAAAAGAACAAAAGAAAAAGAGGGAAAGGGGUAGAUAUUUUUACAAGCUUUGAUUUAGACACAGCAGUUAAUUUGGUUGUCAUUCCCACAAAAAUAACACUUUGCCCAUUAUGAGAAAUUGAAAGAAUCUUAGGAAAUAUUUUUAAAAUCAGCCAUAAAUGUGCUUCUCAAACCAUAAUAGCGAAAAUUCUGGAUUGAGAAGAAUAUUUGCAAUUCAGAACUUAUUCCACACUAUCCUUGUGCAUUUAGCAUGCAGCUUUGUAUGUUUUUUUAAAAAAAGCUUAGGAAUUUUGUGCAGAAAUAGUCCUCAACUACAGCAUUGUCAAGGAUGAAAACAGAAAUAUGACAUGCAGAUAUAUUAAAUGUUUCAUGCAUAACAACAGUAUGGGUUUAGUUCUGCAUGGAAUGAGACAUGAACUGUGAAAUGUUCAAUAACUGCUGUUUUCAAAUACAUUCUUGCAGGGGGCAGAAAAUUGCUAAAAUUACAUCCCCUGUUCUGUAAUUCAGUUUUAGAAGGAAUUGAUAUGAAGCUGCUAUUCCAGACACAGUAGUGGUUACUGGCAAGCCAGGAAUGUCAUAUUUUCCAUUGGGAUGUUGCAACUACACUGGGCCAGUAAAGGUCUGAGGAGGCCACAAGGGUUUGUUUUUCACUCCUGAUUUAGAAGGCGUUGUGUAGGAUUGCUGAGGCCAGAACUUUUCAAUUUUGUUGUCUCAUUUUCCUCUACCUCUCCCCUCAUCUUUCCCUCCUUUCCGAAGCUGUGUAUACUUUCCUUUCUUCAUUGCCUUCCACUCUCUUCUCCUUGCCAAAGAAAUCCAAAUUCUUGGAAAACCAAACCAUUGUGAUCUGCAUAAGCAAUAUUUACACACCUCUUAAGCUUGCAGACCACAGUAGCAUGCAACUUGGGUUUUUCAGUGAAGUCACCAAAUGAGAGGCAGAUACAGAAAUGAUAUUUUUGGCCACCUAAUCAUAUCUUAGGUUUUGAAGUUUCAUGAAAAGCACUUCUGUGGCCUGAACUGCUAGAUUUUCUGUGGCCUGAACUGCUAGAUUGUUAGAAUCUUCCAAUACCCAGGGAGACCUUUCUCACUUUCUCUUGCCCAUGUUCAGCUUGUCUCUUCUUUGUGUUUCUGAGUCCUCCUGCUCCUAGGUGCCGCCCUCAAUAAAUGAUAGCUGUCUGGCCUCGAAAACGUGUAGAUUCUUUGGUUGUGACAUUUGGCAGUUUUAGUCUUCAAGGUCAUUUUAAUUGACUUCUUUUUAAAAAGUGAAAUGAAUGCAUCAACAAACCACCAAUAAUUGCUUAGUUUUUAACCAUCCAAGGUCCUUUAAUGUUUUGAAGUUCUUUCAUGAUUUAACAUUGUUAAUGUUUCCAAAUUCUGAUGCUUGUUCCAUACCUUGAUAUUCAGAUAAAGCUUGAAUAAUAAUAUGGUAAAGCAGAGACUGUCUUUCGGGAAUGUAGGUUUCUUUUCAGCAGAACAAGCAGUUCAGCAGCCUUGGUUAGCUUCUUUGAAUCUAAAACCUUUAUGAUCACAUCAUUUGACAUAGUGUGAACCUAUCAUAAGGGUUUCUUGGCAAAAAUUGUUUCUUGGCAAAAAAAAGAGAGGAGAGUUUGCCUUUGCUUUCUUGUGAGCCCGAGAGAGUGAGACUUGCCUAACGUCACUUAGUGAUUCUCCAUGGCACCUCAGUGGCUUUUAUGAGCUUGCCAGUGGAUGUCAUCCUGACCAUUUCCCAUUUGAUAGUUCUUCCCUGGAGUCAACUGUGCUUCCAUUGCUGCUUACUCUGAUUGGGUCUCUCCUUUUCCUUGAAGAGUAUGAGGAGUCUCUGAUUAAAGGCACCAUUGUAGAGCAUUAGCCAUGUUAGACAAAAAUGACAGAAUCUGUGCCAUCUGAAGGAUUGACACACUUAUUCAACAGAUGCAUCAGGUGGUAUUCUACACCAUGUGAUGGUGGAAGAGCAUUUUUUUGGAAAGGAAUGGCAAGAUUUACCAACAAUAGUAAUUACAUUAAAGCUGAGGUCCAUUUAAAUUAUUACAGUGAGCAUUUGCAAAGCAAUAUUAAUAAUAACAUAAACAUCUUAACAUUAGUAUUUUUGUUACCAUCAAUACCACUUGGUGACAGUUAAUAAAACUAUCAUGGUUUGUACUUCUAGCUAUUCAUUUCUUCUCAACUAUUCCUCCUUCCCUGUCCUAUGUUGGAUCAUCCUUGAACUGGUGAUCAUUUCUUUUUCUUUUUCCUCCAGACUUGUGCAUGUUUGCCCUUCUUGGGGUCUAAGAAGAGAAAAGUUAUCUUUGUCUGUGUCUCUGGGAUAUUCCAGGUGCUUAUCCUUGUAUACAGUGGGGUGUAUGUUGGGCACCCAUUGGCAGCAGAGUGCUUGAAGGACUGAAAUUUAAAUGGUGAAUCUUCCAACACCCAGGGAGACCUUUCUCACUUUCUCUUGCCCAUGUUCAACGUGUCUCUUCUUUGUGUUUCUGAGUCCUCCCUCUCCUAGGUGCCGCCCUCAAGCCCUUCCCCUUGAUUUAUCUUUCUGGUAUAUAGCAUUCAGAGUGUGAUGGUUCUUGUUUUCAAGGUGCUUGUUUGUUUGGUUUUCCUGCUGUGAAAGGUAAUGUGUUUUUAUUUCUCCUUUGUUAUGGGGCAUUUUGUUUAAUGCGGCCAAUGGCGAGCUUUGCUUUCUACUUGGCUGUAGAGCAGAUCCGUGAAGUAUAAUUCCGCCCACAUGUGGCUGGCUUGUGGCUCGGGAGCGGGUGGGGGAGGAGGGUUGUUUAUGUCGUAGUGGAUUGUGUAAAAGUGAUCUCUUGGAUUAUGAAACAAUUGUGUCUCUCCAGAAGGAAAGAGAUAAAAUGAGGGACUGCAGGCUAGGAAUGGAGGCAUUUGGUAUUCGGGCAUAGAGGGAGGUUUGAUGGGUGAGUUCUCAGUUGGAUGAGUAAGUAUGUGUGAGGGUUCCUGCAGGUAAGACACUACAUCUCUUGUUUUCCUUGGGACAGUGGUGUUACUUUCUGGUAUCUCUUGUGCACUUGGCAGGAUGACAACUCAUUAUAUGCCACCUGAGAAUAGAAUUGGCAUUCCUGUAUACUGGUGGCUUACUCAGAAUUGUAGCCAACUUCUAGCAGUUCCUCGCUUUCUCUGCCACUAACAGAUGAAAGUACUUGCUGACAUUUUCUUGAUGUCUCAAGCUGUAUUUUGUUAGUUAAAAAAUGCUAAUACAGAAAAAUGGUUUUUUUUUUCAAUUUGAUAACAUUGCUGCUUCCUAUGAUAAAGCAGUGGGUGGCUGCUACAACAGAGUAUUGUCUCUGCCCGUGUAGAAGGACUGGAAGACAUUCUCAGAGCACUCGUACUUGUAACCUCAAACAGGUUCUUUUAACUGGUGAGGAUUUAUAUGCCCUUUGUCUCCCAUUAUCUGGUAUGUACAAACUCUUGAUUCUUGUGGCUAAUAAGAAUCACAGUGUGGCUGAGUGCAUAGUCCCAUUCCUAAUCAAAAUACUUCCUUUCUUGGACAAGGGUAAAGUGGUUUCAAACCAAACUCUACUUGUCCUUGUCCUCACUUGUAGUUUGUUCUGCAUUACACCCUUUGCCAAACUGGAAUUUUACACAGAAACAAGAGAAAUUAUGAUAUUCAGAGCACUUAAUGAGAUGGACUGAUGCCUGUUCCUGUCCUCCAACCUGCAGAUGCUAAGGGUAGUCCUUACAAGAUAUUAAUUGAAAUGAAUUCACUGCUGCUUUAAAAUAUUUCUUAAAUGGGAAAGGAAUAUUUUAAUUUAAAAAAUCUCAGUCUCCAAAGCUAAUAAAAUUGGAGAUUAAUAGAGAUUAAUUAUGUGCCAGGGGUGUAAUUGCAUAUUGUCAAGUCCUGGGGUUCUACUGUACAACAGGAGAGCCCAAUUAAUCAGUAUUUAUUGCUAAAUUAUUGUCCUUUUUCAAUCUGUAGAUAUCUGAUAACUGUUGGGGUUUUGUUGCCACAGCCCCAGUGGAGGUGUUGUUAAUUUAUUUAUGUAUAUAGUGUAUGUUUGUUGAUAUGAAGCAUUCUUUAUUUUGUAUAUGACCAAUAAACAUCUUUAAAGAG